GUGUUGUAGGAAACGGAGGUAGCAGAGACUUGUCCCCAAGGGGAGGAAGUAGUCCUGGUUUCCUUACCUUGCAUCGGCCAGCCUAUUCAGUUGUGGGAUGUUGAAGUUAGAAAGGACACGACCAGCAAACUCCACUGCAUUCCAAAGCAGUCCACAGGGACUGAAAAUCCGCUCUCGUUGGUGGAACAAAGGGAUGGUAGAAUUGAAGCCGUAAGAUGGAGUGGACCAGAUUGUUUUUCAGAUGUCUGAAGGAUAGGUCAUAUGAGAGAGAUUACCGUUCAUCCAUGAUUUCAGAGCAGAGGCCAAGCCUGAAGUUUUUUGGAGGCAGAUUUCAGCUCAAUGAAAUAGUCCCCAUAUUUCUUGCCUUGGCCUGAGGCUCUGCCACGGAGGUUUUAACAGAAGAAAGGUAAAAAAGAGAAGCCAAAAUCUAGUAAGACUGAAGAGGCAGCAGAAGAAAAAGAAGAAAUGAUUUCUUCCAAAGCUAAAAAGGUUACAAAGAAAGUAGAGACUUCUGAGGUUGACGUGAAUUCUCCAAAAUCUAAAAAGGCAAAAAAGAAAGAGGAGCCAUCUCAAGAUGACAUUAUUUCUCCUAAAACCAAAAGUUCGAAAAAAUCAAAGGAACCCUGUGAAAAGACAGUUGUUUCUCCUAAAACCAAAAAAGCUAUAAAAAAUGAAGAGCCUUCUGAGGAAGAAUUGGGUGCACCUAAGCCCAAAAAGAUGAAGAAAGAAAAAGAAAUAAAUGGAGAAAUUCAAGAGAAAAGCCCCAACCUCAAGAAUGGAUUCCCUGACUCUGGACCUGACUCCAACUCCAAGGAAGCUGCCAGUGAAGAAAACAGUGAGUUAGAGCAGGAAAUGACUGUGGAGCAAAAAGAAGGCGCUUUCUCUAAUUUUCCCAUAUCUGAAGAAACUAUUAAACUUCUUAAAGCCCGUGGGGUGACCUUCCUGUUUCCUAUACAAGCAAAGACUUUUCACCAUGUCUAUAGUGGGAAGGAUUUGAUUGCACAGGCGCGGACAGGAACUGGAAAGACAUUCUCCUUUGCUAUCCCUUUGGUUGAGAAACUUCUUGGAGAACUGCAAGACCGGAAGAGAGGGCGUGCCCCUCAGGUACUGGUUCUUGCACCCACAAGGGAAUUGGCAAGUCAAGUAAGCAGAGACUUCAGUGACAUCACAAAAAAGCUGGCAGUGGCUUGUUUUUAUGGUGGAACUCCCUAUGGAGGACAAAUUGAACGCAUGAAGAAUGGGAUCGAUAUCCUGGUUGGGACACCAGGUCGUAUCAAAGACCACCUGCAGAAUGGCAAGCUAGAUCUCACCAAACUUAAGCAUGUUGUCCUGGAUGAAGUUGACCAGAUGUUGGAUAUGGGCUUUGCUGAUCAAGUGGAAGAGAUUUUAUGUGUAGCAUACAAGAAAGAUUCAGAAGACAAUCCCCAAACAUUGCUUUUUUCUGCAACUUGCCCCUAUUGGGUGUUUAAUGUUGCUAAGAAAUACAUGAAAUCUACAUAUGAACAAGUGGACCUGAUUGGUAAAAAGACACAGAAAACAGCGAUAACUGUAGAGCAUCUGGCUAUCAAGUGCCACUGGACUCAGAGGGCAGCAGUUAUUGGAGACGUGAUCCGAGUGUACAGUGGUUUUCAAGGGCGCACCAUCAUAUUUUGUGAAACAAAGAAAGAAGCCCAGGAGUUGUCACAGAAUGUGGCUAUAAGACAGGAUGCCCAGUCCUUACACGGAGACAUUCCACAGAAGCAAAGGGAAAUCACCCUGAAAGGUUUUAGAAAUGGUGAUUUUGGAGUUUUGGUUGCAACCAAUGUUGCUGCACGUGGGCUAGACAUCCCCGAGGUUGAUCUGGUUGUUCAAAGUUCUCCACCAAAGGAUGUUGAAUCCUACAUUCAUCGUUCUGGGCGAACAGGUAGAGCUGGGAGAACUGGGGUUUGCAUCUGCUUUUACCAGCACAAAGAAGAAUACCAGUUAGUCCAAGUGGAACAAAAAGCGGGAAUUAAAUUUAAACGAAUAGGUGUUCCUUCUCCAACAGAGAUAAUAAAAGCUUCUAGCAAAGAUGCCAUCAGGCUCUUGGACUCUGUGCCUCCCACUGCGAUCGGUCACUUCAAGCAAUCAGCCGAGAAGUUGAUUGAGGAGAAGGGGGCUGUGGAAGCCCUGGCAGCAGCCCUGGCCCACAUUUCUGGUGCCACGUCGGUAGACCAGCGCUCCUUGAUCAACUCAGAAGUGGGCUUUGUGACCAUGAUCUUGCGGUGCUCAAUUGAAAUGCCAAACAUUAGUUAUGCUUGGAAAGAACUUAAAGAGCAGCUGGGUGAGGAUAUUGAUUCCAAAGUGAAGGGAAUGGUCUUUCUCAAAGGAAAGCAGGGUGUUUGCUUUGAUAUCCCUACUGCAUCAGUAACAGAAGUACAGGAAAAGUGGCAUGAUUCACGGCGCUGGCAGCUUUCUGUGGCCACGGAGCAACCAGAGCUAGAAGGUCCACGGGAAGGAUAUCGCAACUUCCGAGGACAGCGGGAAGGCAACCGAGGCUUCAGGGGACAGCGCGAGGGCAACCGAGGUGCCAGGGGACAGCGGGAAAGAAGUAGAAGCUUCAGAGGACAGCGAUCAGGAGGUGGCAACAAAAGUAACAGAUUUCAAAACAAAGGCCAGAAGCGGAGUUUUAAUAAAGCAUUUGGACAGUAACCUGAAGUAGAGGAUUUAUUUGGCAAAAACAGAACUAUGUUCAGCAAUGUGAAACUGAACAUUAUUUUUCAUACAAAGUUAAAAGCACAUUGUAUUUCCUUUCUGACCACUUGCCCAGUCCCCAUCUCUUUGAGAGAGAAAAGCUUCAUCUAAAUUAUUUCAUCUGAUUGAUGACUGUCAUUUAUAAUUUUAUUGCUACUUCCGUCUUGGGUAUUCCUUUUGAAAAGGUGUAUGGAUUCAUUACAUAUUCUAAUGUAUUGUUUAUAGAGUAUAAGAUAAAGUGAAGCAUGUAUCUGCUGAUAUUUUUUAAGUUGACUUUAAGUAUAAAGUAUAAAUCUUUAUACUUAGAAAUGUCUCUUAAUAGUAGGCGUCCCUGGUGGCUCAAAUGGUGAAGACUCUGCUGCGAUGUAGGAUCCCUGGGUCGGGAAGAUCCCCUGGAGAAGGAAAUGGCAACCCACUCCAGUAAUCUUGCCUGGAGAAUUCCAUGAACAGAGGAGCCUGGCAGGCUACAGUCCAUGGGGUUGCAGAGUCAGGCAUGACUGAGCAACUAUCACUCACACUCAUUCUUAAUAGUGCCCUUCCUAAAUACCAUGGGGAAUACAACAGUUUCUAGAGAAGCACUUUGAGCACUCAAAGCUUUGUUUUCUAACUGGUAUUCCUCAGCCACUUGCCCACCAAUUACUCCUAUGGUUCUAGCAUAUUUCUUCUGAGAUUUAAUAGUGAGCAAUGUUUCAAAGCAAGGUUUCACACUUAACCGUGAUUAAUACAGUUUAUCCCUGCAUAUACUCUAGAUUUGGAGGAUGGUGAUGCAUUUGAUAGGAGAUAGUAUUUAGCCAUUGUUAUGUGCAUUUUGAUACAUUUUUAGCUUCUCAAAAGGUGAUUUCAUGCUUCAGUGAAUUCUUCACAGAUUUUAAAAAUAAUGUAUAUGUGUAAAUACACGUAUUUUACUAGAAAGCAAGUAUCUUUAAGGAAUUCCAGGUGUAUAACAUGGCCCCAUAACUUUCUUCAUAAGUAAGGAAGCUAGAUAAAUGGUGCUUGAUGAUAAUGUACUCCACCUCCUAUUGGAAAAUUAACAUUAUUUACCAAGAAGGAACUAGGGGAAUAGGGGGCAGAGAUUUGCAUUGCUUAAGAGUCAAAAAUCCACUGAAAAUAUUUUCUACAUGCAAAAAGGAAACAUGUAUAUUGAGAGCAAAGAGAAGAACAAGUGAAGGUGCAUGAUAAAGCUUUUUUUUAAUGAUGAAAACAUAAUGGUUCAUUAGUGUGUUUAGAGCUUAAUUUCUAACAGGCAAGCUGGGGAUUUUAGGUACGACGAUCCAGUUUAGUUUCUCAAAGCCUAGCUGCUAUAGCCACAGUAUAGGAUCUCUUCCUAUUAGAUUGCUACUGCAUUGAAAGGUUGCAGCUUCCUAGAGUUCUUUUUAAGAACAAACUAUGGUUAUUUUUAAGUUGUUGCUUUGAGGGAACCGAAGAACCUAAAAUAGCCCCUGGCCAGUAUUGCUCCGAGGUCUCAAGUGUUAUUUCUCUGGGAAACUUUGUACAUGGUACAGGAGUUAAGAGUAACAUUGUCUUGCUUUAAUUUCUGUACUGGGAAUUUCAGGAAAUAAACUAUGAUAUGAGGAAUUCAAACACAUGACCUAUCUUACUUUCAUUUAAUUAUUUUGAACAAUUGAAAUCUUGCUGGACACUGGUUUCUCUGACUGCGUCUUUAUAGCCAACUGCUUCUUACUCAAGUCACCUUCAGUAAGGGGCUCAGAUUACCAGCUCAACUCCUUGGUUCUUGAGAUAGCAUUCUUUUUCUGUUAAGAUUUCAGUUCUGUUUUUGAAUCCUGACUGGAUGUCUCUCUGCUCUCACAUUCUCUUGGCUUUUGUUCUUUGAUCCACUUGUCAGUUUUAUCGCUUGACCUCCUCAUGGUUUCCCAUUCAAACCAGAGGAAGUUAGGUAGUUGAUGACCAACAACUCCUGCCUUGUGGAUCACAUUUUAUUAAAUUCUUUUGCUGAGAUACUGAGCAUACUUAAACAACAACCCAAACAUUUAAGUUUGGAUAGGAAUGGGUUGGUUUAUCAAGUAGGACAGUGGACUUGUACUUUAGGAGGAAAUACUCAAGAGAGUAAGGGAGAAGAUGAAUGGGAAUUUCACUUUACAUGGCUUAGGACAACAUGACUCUCAAUAAAUGAAGCUAAAAUUUCUCCUGGAUCCCAGAAUUCAAACCAUAUUUAUAAAUGUAUAAUUCAACUACUGUACGGUUUAAAUGGGCUUGUUGGGCUAGCCUGGGAAAUAAUAUCAUUUUUACCAUUUUCUACAGAGAAAGUAUUUUCCAACUUAUGUAUCAGACAACUCAAUGAACUUUUAAAAACCAGUUUUUAUGUUGGAACUAUCUGUGCAGCAUUUCUUUACAGUUAUACAUAUAGUGUUUUUACUGUAAAACUGAAUUAAUGUAUACAAAUAGACCCUUAUGCCAUAAUAAAAUUACUAGUACUUAC